AUGAGCGCACAAGAUAUUAGCCAUCAAUUCCUUGCCCACUACUAUGACAAGCUCUCAACUGAUAGAAACCAGUUGGCUUUCCUCUAUACCCCAACAUCGACAUUGACAUGGGAGACAAAGAAGGCCCAAGGAGUAGAGCAAAUCAUGGCCAUCCACAACUCCAACCCAGCAAAUGUCCAACGUCAACUGACGAGCAUUGAUGCUCAACCAACUCCAGGUGAUGGAAUCUUGAUCCUUGCCACUGGCAAUCUCUCUAUUGAUGGAGACAAGGCACUCAAGUUUACACAGGUCUUCUUUUUGGUCCGCACUGGUGGCAGCUUCUCGAUAUCCAACGAGUUCAUGCGUUUGAACCUUGAAUAA